AAGUCCCCAUCUAGUUUCUUUCUUCUCCGUCAACUUUGUCUUCUUUCAUUCAUCCCCCAUUCCAAUUCCAACUCCUUACAUAUACAUUCAAACAGAAUCAAAGAACCUCAUUCGGGUUUUCAAUUUCAUCGUCUUCAAUCAUUUGGGUUUACAAAACAGAGAGAAUCAGGAAAUGGGUGCUUGUGUAAGCAAGAUAAAUGGUUCAGAUUCAAGAGAAAUCGGUCAAAACCCAGUAGCCACCGCCGGCGAAGAACAAUACCAUAAACCCUCUGGCGCAGUUCAUAACGGAAUCCUAGGAAAACCCUACGAUGAUGUUAAGAAAUACUACCAGUUAGGAAAGGAAUUGGGCAGGGGUCAAUUUGGUGUGACUUAUCUCUGUACUGAUAUUUCAACCGGCAAGGAAUUCGCCUGUAAAUCGGUUUCGAAGAAGAAACUUUCAUCGAAAAGUGAUAAGGAAGAUAUGAGAAAGGAGAUUCAGAUUAUGCAGCAUUUGAGUGGGCAAGCAAAUAUUGUUGAAUUUAAGGGUUCUUUUGAAGAUAAGAAUGGUGUUCAUGUUGUGAUGGAGCUUUGUGGGGGAGGGGAACUUUUUGAUCGGAUUAUUGCUCAAGGACAUUAUAGUGAAAGGGCAGCAGCUUCUGUUUGUAGGGCGAUUGUUAAUGUUGUUCAUCAUUGUCAUUUUAUGGGUGUUAUUCAUAGAGAUUUGAAACCUGAGAAUUUCUUGUUGUCUGAUAAGACUGAUAAUGCUAUGCUUCAAGCUACUGAUUUUGGAUUGUCUGUCUUCAUUGAAGAAGGUAAGAUCUAUCAAGAUAUAGUUGGAAGCGCUUAUUAUGUAGCUCCCGAGGUCUUGAAACGUAGGUACGGUAAAGAAGUCGAUAUUUGGAGUGCCGGAGUUAUCUUAUACAUCUUACUAAGUGGCGUACCGCCAUUUUGGGCAGAGAAGGAUAGUGCAAUAUUCGACGCGAUUUUGAGAGGUCAUGUUGAUUUCGAGAGUGAUCCUUGGCCAUCAAUUUCGAAAAGUGCGAAGGAUCUUGUUAGAAGAAUGUUGACACAAGAUCCAAAAAAAAGGAUAACUUCCACUGAAAUUCUUAAUCAUCCAUGGAUAAGAGAAGAUGGAGAAGCAUCUGAUAAGCCAAUAGACAGUGCAGUCUUAUCAAGAAUGAAGCAAUUCAGAGCAAUGAAUAAACUCAAACAACUUGCUCUAAAGGUGAUUGCUGAAAACCUGUCUGAAAAGGAAAUUCAAGGAUUGAAGGCAAUGUUUUCGAACAUAGACACGGAUAAGAGUGGGACAAUUACUUAUGAAGAAUUGAAAACCGGUUUGGCUCAACUAGGAUCAAAACUAACCGAGGCAGAAGUUAAGCAAUUAAUGGAAGCUGCCGACGUAGAUGGAAAUGGUUCGAUUGACUAUAUUGAAUUCAUAACCGCCACAAUGCAUAGACAUAAACUUGAUAGAGAUGAAGAUGUUUACAAAGCCUUUCAAUAUUUUGAUAAGGACAAUAGUGGAUAUAUUACAAGAGAUGAGUUAGAGAUAGCAAUGAAAGAACAUGGGAUGGGUGAUGAAGCAACAAUCAAGGAUAUUAUAUCUGAAGUGGACUCUGAUAAUGAUGGAAGAAUAAACUAUUCAGAGUUUCGCACCAUGAUGAGAAGUGGAACCCAUCAAUCUGCUGUUAAUGUUUUCUAGAAUGACACUGCAAAAUUGUGGUUAAAGAAACCAAACCUGUCUUUGAAUUCAGUUUUUAUAUUUUGAUACUUUGUCUCAUUUGUUGAU